GGGGGCGCUUGGUUAAUAUACUACCAUCACUUUUAUGUGACGCUCUGUUUUACAUCAACAAAGUGUCGCUCUCAACACAGCAUUGUUUGUAGUUUAGUUUACGACCGAGUGCUAUCCUCAUAAACUCAUAUCUCAUUUAGUCAAUAUUUAGUGUUCUGGUUUUGGCUCCAUAACGUUAAGAUCUCUAAAGAAGAAUGACGGCUACCGUCCUGCAGGUCGGAGCCGGCGUGGUCGUCCUCGCCAUCGUCUGCAUCGCGGCGCUGGUGGUGUCGAUAAUGCUGCUGAGAGCUGAGGGAUCCGCCAAGUUAGGAGUCAUCCCCGUUUUCCUCCUGGCUCUCACCAUCAUUUUGGUGCUGGUGUUUUUCCCUCGAAGCCCCGAGACGCCUCCUCCUUUUAAAGAGCAAGAGAUAACAGACACACUGUUCAUCGGCCGCUAUGUGCUUCUGGCUGUGGCCAGCGUGGCGUUCGUGGUGGCACUCUUCAUGCUGCUCCCCAUGCAUUUCCUGGAGCCGGUGUAUGCCAAAGACUUGAGAAGCCAGUGAACUGUUCAUCAUCCUCCUCAUCAUCAUCAGAGGUGGAACCAUGGACGAACCAUCUCAUGAACAGGGCUGGUGUGACGGGCUCAGAUGGAGAGUUGGUGCUCUUGUCUGAUUUGUCUGAUUCAUUCUAAUUGUUUUCGUACAAGCAGCACAUGACGCACAUU